CAAACACUCCACUUUGUACAAGAUCCAAACACCCCCACACUAUCUUGAUCUCCGGAGGCCGGAGCCAGCUCGCCAAGCGCUGCCCGCCGGUAGGUUUUCCAGUAUGUCAUCGUCCCCUCUGUAACUAAUUUCUAGUUCCGCCACUGCUGGUGGAAUGUUGAACAUCCAGUGAGUGAGUUUCUGAUGCUUACUUUUCCACUUAAGGUUAGUUUUCCUAUACCCCAAACCACCUAGUACAGCUAGCAGCAAUCCAUGGAAACUGUUUCGCUCAACCCAUUCUUAACGUUUAAGAAACCCCUUCUACUGUUUCCGGCUGUUUUCAGUGAGACCCCCCAAAAUGCAGUCCUCAUUACGUGUCCAAGAUUCGAACUUUCUUCAAAAUCAGGGUUUCAUUUCCGGAUGACAUGCUGCAUAAAUCCAUCUAGAAAUUAUAAUGAUGAAAUUUCGGAUUUUGAUGAUGAUGAAAGCGAAGAAGAUGAAUACAUUGUUAGUGAAGUAAGUGGGGGGACAUCUGACGGUGUAGAUUGGGAAGCUAAGUUUCUAGGAGAAAUGCGGAUUUCUCCAAAGAAGACAAAAGAAAACCAACCCAAGUCUAGGUUGCUCCCUGAUACAGACAAAAUGGAUUGGUGUGUGAAGGCAAGGAAAAUUGCACUUAAGUCUAUUGAGGCUAGAGGAUUAACCCCUGUUGCAAAGGGCAUGAUAAUUGGUGGUGAGAACACUAAAAAGAAGUUUAAGAAAAAGUUCCAGACUAAAAAAAAGGUUGAACAUUUUGUCAAAACAGAUGAUGGGCGGUUGGAUUUUAGUUCAGAGGAAGACGUUUUUGAUUUGGACGAUGAACAUUUAUCUGAUACUAAUGAUGAUGAUGAUAAGAAUGAUAUCAAGAGGAAUAUAAGUGCAUUUGCUGGUGGUAUGUUCAAAGAGAGGAUGGCUAAAACAAUGGAAACAUUCGUUGAAAGGCUUUCCCGAUUUUCAGGCCCAUCAGACCGUAAGAAAGAAAUCAGCUUGAACAAAGCAAUUGUUGAUGCCCAAACUGCCGAGGAAGUUCUGGAAGUUUCCUCUGACACAAUCAUGGCUGUUGCAAAAGGUCUCAGCCCUUCACCACUUUCUCCUCUGAAUAUUGCCACAUCAUUGCAUAGAAUUGCUAAGAACAUGGAUAAGGUUUCAAUGACCACAAGCCAAAGGUUGGCAUUUGCCCGUCGUAGGGAAAUGUGUAUGCUUGUUGCCAUUGCAAUGACUUCCUUGCCCGAGUGCUCGCCACAGGGUGUCUCAAAUAUUGCAUGGGCAUUGUCAAAGGUGGGUGGUGGGUUGCUCUAUCUGUCUGAAAUGGAUAGAGUUGCAGAGGUGGCAUCAGCUAAGGUUGAUGAGUUCAAUUCACAAAAUGUUGCUAAUGUAGCAGGUGCUUUUGCUUCUAUGCGUCAUUCUGCUCCUGAACUUUUUAGCGGAUUAUCAAGAAGAGCCUGUGCUGUAAUUGACACGUUUCAGCCACAAGAAAUUGCUCAGAUGUUGUGGGCAUUUGCUUCACUUUAUGAACCUGUUGAUCUGUUGCUUGAUGCUUUGGAUCAUGUUUUUAGUGAUGCCAAUCAAUUCCAGUGCUGCUCGGAUUAUAAGGUGAAGAGAACAGGUCCCAGCAUAUCACCUCACCACGAAGAAAGUGGAUCAGAAAGUGGUGGCCAUACUGACAAACUGCAAACUGACUCCACUUCUCCUAUCCUUGUUUUCAACCGAGAUCAGCUUGGUAAUAUAUGUUGGUCAUUUUCUGUUUUCGGGCAAUUGGACCGAGUUUUCUUUUCCCACGUGUGGAAUACUAUGAACCAUUUUGAGGAGCAGCGCAUUUCUGAGCAGUACAGGGAAGAUGUCAUGUUUGCUUCUCAAGUUCAUCAAACAAACCAGUGCUUGAAGCUAGAGUACCCAAAUCUUCCCUUUUCCCUUAAAAGCAGUCUUGAGGAAAAAAUCUCUCGUGCUGGAAGAACCAAAAGAUUUAAUGAGAAAGUGACCUCUUCCUUCGAGGAAGAGGUUGCCCGCCUUCUUGUUAGCACUGGGCUAGAUUGGGUGAGGGAAUAUGAUGUAGAUGGGUACACACUGGAUGCAGUUGUGAUUGACAAAAAAAUUGGUCUUGAGAUUGAUGGCCCCACACAUUUCUCAAGAAACAUAGAAUCACCACUAGGUCAUACAAUGCUGAAGCGCCGGUACAUAACUGCAGCUGGGUGGAAACUUGUAUCCGUCUCUCAACAGGAAUGGGAAAAGCUUAAAGGGGGGUUUGAACAGCUAGAUUUUCUUCGAGGAAUUCUCAGACAUCACAUCUUUGAAGGGAACAGCUAUCUCGUUUGAGCGGAGGAAAUGAGGAAUCUGCAAUGAAAAUGAAACAUUAAGUGGGAUGAUUUGUUUUUAAGGGUAUGUUUGGGAGUUAGUUUUGGAGGGGAGAAGAAGGGUAAGGAGAGUUUACGGUCCUCGUUUUUUAUUUGGGAAUUACAAAAAAGGAAUAGAUAGUUUUGGAGUCUUCACUUCCUAUAUCUUCCCCUCCUACGGCUAACCUUCAAACUCUCCCAAUUGAUUCACAGUCCUGAAGCCUCUACGGGUACUAAUUAGAUUGUUGUUUAAAUAGAUGAACAAGAUAGUCUAAAACCAAUAUAUGAUGUAGAGUAAUUUCAAUAAUCAACAAAUAAUAAUUAAUUAACAUGCCA